AUGCAAGCGCGCCUCGACGGCGCGCGAUGGCAGGUGGUCCCCGCCUACCUCGGCGCGCUCUCGUGCACGGCGGUGUCGUUCGCGGGGCGGCACCUGCGCGUGUCGAUCCACCCGCUGCUCGCGAGGCUGACGGCGUGCGUCGGCGCGGCGGGCGCGGCGUCGAGCGCGGCCGCGGGGCUCUUCGCGCCGGUGUUCACGAUGCCGAAGCCCACGGGGCCGUACCGCGUGGGGAAGACGACGCGGCUGUGGAUCGACCGGAGCCGCCGGUCGUGGCUGCUGAAGAAUAAGGCGCGUUCUAUCUCACACUGGUCCCCAUACGACCGCGUCGGCGUGGUGAACGCCGAUCCUUAA